UACCUUUCAAAAGGACGAAGAAGACCAAUCGCGGUCUGUGUUUCAUAUCACAGCCAUAUUCGUUUGGAAUUAUGAAUCGAUAAACAGUGAACGACAAAUGUUUCAGUGUGAAACAAAUGUCGGAUAAGAAAAGUCAAAGAGAAAUUAGAUGUGACUUUGCGCGUCUGUUUCUGCUCAGAGAGCACGCGGGCUCUUCGUGCUAGCUCUUAGCUCGCGCGUUUAAUGGUGGAACAUUUCCAGCUGAAAAACAGUUCUCUGUAAAAAGUCGUUUGAACGGAUACCGUGAAGUUUUUUGGGGGGGCUUCCUGGGCAUCAUGGCUACUCAGAGAGUGCUUCCACAGAGCAAAGAGACUCUGCUACAGAGUUACAACAAGAGGCUCAAAGACGACAUCAAGUCCGUCAUGGACAACUUCACCGAAAUCAUCAAGUUAGCAAAGACGUGUAUUUUCCGUGUAAACGCCAGAUUGAAUCUGCUCUAUCUGUCCGUGGUCCAGAUAGAGGAGGAGACUCAGGUGUCCAGAGCGACCCAGGCCGAGCAGGACCACUACGAGAUGCACGUCAGGGCAGCUAAUAUCGUUCGAGCUGGCGAGUCCCUCAUGAAGCUGGUGUCGGAUCUGAAGCAGUUCCUGAUUCUGAACGACUUCCCCUCGGUCAACGACGCCAUCAGCCUCCAGAACCAGCAGCUCCGGGCGCUGCAGGAGGAGUGCGACAAGAAGCUCACGUCGCUCCGGGACGAGAUCGCCGUCGACUUGUAUGAGCUAGAGGAAGAAUAUUACUCCUCCAGCUACAGUCAGUGGGACAGCACUGACCUGCCUCUGUGCGAGGCCUUCCGCCGGCGAGACAGCUGGGCCUCCCCAAACUCCAGCUCCAGUUCCACCCAAGACGACAGAGAGGACCCCGACGGACCCCCCCCACAGGAGGCAGGGGCCCAGCAUCACCUCAACGGACACGCAGCGCCCGCUGGGGAAAAGGCAUGA